UAAUAUAAUCUGUGUAUUUGCACAUUUUGUUAUAGAAAAGAAUACUGUUAAUAAAAUUUUGGUUAUUUCGUCAUUAGAUCAGCAGUUUACAUACUUUUUUAAAAAUGUCUGAUUGGGAUACUGUAACAAUUCUUCGAAAAAAACCUCCAAAGGCAUCGGCACUAAAAACUGAACAAGCCGUUAACGCUGCGCGUCGUCAAGGUUUACCAGUGGAUACUCAACAGAAAUUUGGUGCUGGAACUAAUAAACAACAUGUUACAACAAAAAAUACUGCUAAACUCGACAGAGAGACUGAGGAACUUCGACAUGAGAAAAUACCCCUUGAUUUAGGGAAACUUAUAAUGCAAGGUAGACAGGCUAAAGGCAUGAGUCAAAAAGAUCUAGCAACAAAAAUAUGUGAAAAGCCUCAAAUUGUAAACGAUUACGAAGCUGGUCGCGGUAUUCCAAAUAAUAUUGUCCUGGGUAAAAUUGAGAGGGCAAUUGGAAUAAAACUACGCGGAAAAGAACGUGGCCAACCGCUACAGCCUCCUGGAGGACAGAAAUAACGGAUUCCCUGGGAGGCGAAGACUUUACUCCGAUGUGUUUAUUGCAUAAUCUUUCGUCAUAUUUUUGCUGUUGAAAUUGUUUUAUUACAAUAUUAUUAAUAACGUCGUGUUAAAUGAUGUACGCAUUUAUUUUCUUUGUAUAGAUUCUGGAAAGUUCUCAUGAUGUUACCAUUCGGAAAAAGUUUCAUAAAUGCCGCGAUCGUGAAUGUGGAUGUGAUAUGCAAUAAAAUAGUUUUAUUUAUGAUUAA